UUUGUUUUGUUUGUUUCUCUCAGCGCAGUGGUUGGAUUUAACCUAACUAAAAAGUGUUGUAUAGUGAUUGAAAGACUAAGUAUUUCUACCCUUUAAGUAACUAUAACUGUAGGAAAAAUAUAACUUAAUGUGUAACUUGAGCGCAAAUUGCCUUUGCUGCACUCGACUCAAGUUAUACAAAUAACUAGGCCUACCUUAUUUCAUUGUUUCAAGUUUACCCAUGUUUUAAGCUUAUAUUUCAAGGCUGUUAAAGGAUCUGUGUUGCUGAUAAAAUCGAUAGAAGUGACAGGUAAAUUUAAAUUGAAAUAUGUGGAAUAAAACAAGACCAGCAGCUUCUUUGGUCCUCACUUCAUAUUUAAAGCAAACCAAUGAGCCUCCGUGGACUUCAUACUUUGUCAAAUAUAAAAAUGUAAUAAACGAUCAACGAGGACAAUCCCACUUCAAUUGGAAAGUUGGUAACAGCAACUAUCACAUUUUGAGAACUGGAUGCUAUCCUUAUAUAAAAUACCACUGUACUAAAAGACCGUACCAAGAUUUGUCACUUGAUAACAGUAUGAUGAAGGUCAUAAAAAUAUUAAAUUUUGGUAUACCAACACUCCUGUAUGGAAUAGCAGCUAUUUUUCUCAUUAAACAUUCUGAGAUAGUUUACACCGAUAAAGGAAACAUUCCUAUUUACUUCCUGAUAAAAGAGGACAAAGGAUCUUUGCAUUAAACAAUUAAUUAUAUAGAGUUUUGUUAUUACAAAUAACUUGUGAUCAAAAGUGUAGUAGUUCUAUAUACCUAACCCACAGGUUGUAGCUUUGUGAAUAAAUUAGUUUGA